AUGGCGCCCUGGUUUCCAAACCUCGUUGUACAGUUACCUGAUCAGUUUUUGUUGUUGUUUAUCAUCAUCCUACUAUUUCUUUGUUCUUCUACUACUUGUUUUACAAUAAGUGGACAGGCAGAGGCUCUUGUGAAAUGGAAGGACAGCCUUGAUAUGAAUCCAACUACUCAUUCUCUUCUCCGCUCUUGGAAUCUCAAUUCUACUGUUUCAACUUCUCACCAUCUCUAUAAUAAUAACCCCUGUACCUGGGUUGGGAUCACUUGUAACGGCUAUGGCAGUGUCAUCAACAUUACUCUUGAAAGCAGUAAUCUGAAAGGUUCAAUUCCUGUGUCCAUUGGAAACUUGAGCAAGUUAACUGAGUUAGACCUUGGGUCCCUUCCUCCUGAAAUGAAUAACCUUACAAAUCUGGAAGAGCUUUUAUUAAGCAAUAACUUCUUGUAUGGCUAUCUUCCAGAAAAUAUUUGUCUGGGUGGGAGACUUAAAAAGAUUGCAGUAAGCUAUCACUAUUUUACAUGUUCUAUUCCAAAAAGCAUGAGAAACUGCAACUCCGUAGUCCGUGUUUUACUUGGAGUGAAUGAAUUUACAGGAAAUAUGUCAGAAGACUUUGGAAUAUACCCAAACCUGGUCUACAUGGAAUUAGGCAACAAUAAGUUUUUUGGAAAACUUACUAGAAAUUGGGGACACUGUCAAAAACUAACUAUGCUGAACAUCUCUAACAAUAAAGUUUCUGGCAUGCUACCUCCUGAACUUGGGAAAGCUACUCAAUUGCAGAAACUUGAUCUGUCGUCCAAUCUUCUUGUAGGGAAAAUUCCAAAGGAAUUGGGCCAAUUGAGAUUGCUUUACAUUCUUAAACUCAAUAAUAAUACACUUUCUGGAAAUGUUCCUGCUCAAAUUGGGAUGUUAUUUGACCUUCAACAGCUUGACCUUGCAGACAACAAAUUGGGUGGACCAUUUCCUAAACAUUUGGAGCAGUGUGCAAACCUAGAAAACUUGAACUUUAGAAGCAAUAGAUUCAGUGGUGCUGUUCCUUUUCAGAUUGGGAAUUUUCACUCUCUUCGAAAUGUUGAUCUAAGUCGGAAUAUGCUUAUAGGAGAUUUGCCUCCAGAGCUUGGAAAUUUGUUCUUGUUAGAAACACUCAACCUAUCCAUAACAAUUUCAUAG